GCGCCGCCCCCGCGCGCCGCAGUCCGGGCUGGAGCGUCUCCGUCGCGGCAGCCGCUGUUCCCGUUGCCUCGCGGUGGCUCUGGCGGCUGCUGCGGCUUGUGGGGUUUGCGGAGGUCAGCGGGCCGCCCCUCGCCCGUGGCCGCCUGGAGCAGCGCAGCGCUGGGACGGACCGGGGAGCCGAGGCGGCGACGGCGGCGGGUCGUGCCGGGCCCCCCUCUCCUCCUCGGCUGUAGCCUGGGGCAGUCUGCGGACUCCGAGCAGCCCCGGGGCGGCGGCCGAGCGGACGGCGGGGGCAUGGCGAGAUAGCGGCGCGGGAGCGGCCCGACUAACUGCAUCACACCACCAUGGAUGUUCACUUGGAGCUGAGACGGCCGUUCCAGGGGCUGCACAGUAAAAGAAUGAGGAUGACCUCAGGUUUCCGGUGGCUCCUAGCAACACUGCCUCUCCUCUGUCUGAUGAGUCAAGUAAACGGCCAGAAGAGGGGGGCUCCCCGGGAGCUGAAGUGUGUGACUGCCAGCUUUCAAGUGUGGGACUGUUCAUGGAAAGGCCACGGGACCUUGUACGAAGUCUGCAUUGAAGACAGGUCCCAUUCUUGUUAUCACUUAGAGAAAGCAAAUAUUAAGAUUCCAGCUCUUCCACCUGGUGAUCACGUCAUAACAAUCACUUCUCUCCAUGAAUUUGGAAGUUCUAGAAGCAAAUUCAUACUAAGUGAAAGAAACGUUUCCUUAAUUCCAGAGACUCCAGAGAUCUUAAAUUUGUCUGCUGAUUUCUCAACCUCCACGCUGUCGAUAAAGUGGAACGACAAGGGCUCUGCUAUUCCCCACCACUCAAAUGUCAUCUGGGAAAUAAAAGUUCUACGCAAAAAGAGUAUGGAACUCGUAAAAUUAGCAACCCAUAGCACAACGCUUAGUGGUAGAGACACAUUUCAUCACUGGAACUGGACCUCAGACAUGCCCUUGGAGUGCGUCUCUCACUACGUGAGGCUCAGAAGCUACAUUGAUGAUCCUCAUUUCUCUGGUCACAAAGAGUGGAGUGACUGGAGCCCACUCAAGAACAUCUCUGAGAUUGCUGAUUCUCCUACUAAGGUUUUCCCUCAAGACAGAGUGGUACUUGUAGGCUCAGAUAUAACAUUUUGUUGUGUAAGUAAAGAAAAAGUGUUAUCAGCACAGAUUGGCCAAACAGUUUGUCCCCUGAUCCAUCUUGAUGGGGAAAAUGUCGCUAUCAAGAUCCAGAAUAUUUCUGCGUCUGCAAACAGCGGGACAAAUGUGGUUUUCACAACAGAAGAUAAUAUAUUUGGAACAGUUAUUUUUGCAGGAUAUCCACCUGAUGUUCCUCAAAAAUUGAAUUGUGAGACACAUGACUUAAGGGAGAUCAUAUGUAGUUGGAAUCCAGGAAGACCAACCUCAUUGGUGGGCCCACGCAAUACAAGUUACACCUUAUUGGAAAGUUUUUCAGGAAAAUAUGUUAGAUUUAAAAGAGUUGAGGCUUCUACAAAUGAAAGCUAUCAGUUAUUCUUUCAAAUGCUUCCAAGUCAAGAAGUAUAUAACUUUACACUGAUUGCCCACAAUCCUCUGGGGUGGGCAGAAACGACACUUUCAGUUAACAUAACUGAAAGAGUUUAUCCCCAUACUCCUACUUCGUUCAAAGUGAAGGAUGUUAACUCCACAGCUGUUACACUUUCGUGGCGUUUGCCAGGCAACUUUGCAAAGAUUAGUCUGUUAUGUCAAAUCAGAAUUAAUAAACCGAAUUCAGUACAAGAAUUGCGGAAUGUCACCAUCAAAGGAGUAGAAAGUUCAAGUUACCUCGUUCUUGUGGACAAGUUAAAUCCAUACACAAUAUACACUUUUUGGAUUCGUUGUUCUACUGAAACCUUCUGGAAAUGGAGCAAAUGGAGCAGUGAGAAGCAGCAUUUAACCACCGAAGCCAUUCCUUCAAAGGGACCAGACACUUGGAGAGAGUGGAGUUCUGACGGGAGGAAUUUAAUAAUCUAUUGGAAGCCUUUGCCCAUUAGUGAAGCUAAUGGAAAAAUACUUUCCUAUAAUGUGUCCUGCUCAUCAGAGGAGGGGACGCAGUCCCUCUCGGAGAUCCCGGACCCGCAGCACAGAGCAGAAAUGCAGCUUGAUGGACACGGCUACAUCAUCAGCGUGGUGGCAAGGAAUUCCGUGGGCUCGUCCCCACCAUCCAGAAUAGCCAGCAUGGAAAUCCCGCACGAUGAUCUCCAGGUAGAGCAGGCCGUCGGGAUGGGAAGGCGGAUUCUCCUCACCUGGCGCCUUGACCCCAAAAUGACGUGCGACUAUGUGAUAAAGUGGUGCAAUACCUCCCGCUCUGAGCCCUGCCUCAUGGACUGGAAGAAAGUGCCUUCCACCAGCAACGCAACAGUGAUCGAAUCUGAUCAGUUUCGGCCAGGUGUAAGAUAUAAUUUUUUCCUGUAUGGGUGCAAAAACCAAGGAUAUCAAUUAUUACGUUCCAUAAUUGGAUAUGUAGAAGAAUUAGCCCCGACCGUCGCACCGAACUUCACCGUGGAGGAGACGUCCGCGGACUCCAUACUGGUGAAAUGGGACGAUAUUCCCGUGGAAGAGCUUAGAGGCUUCCUCAGAGGAUACUUGUUCUACUUUGAAAAAGGAGAGAGAGACGCAUCCAAGAUGAGGGGAUUGGAAUCAGGUCGUUCCGACAUAAAGGUUAAGAAUAUUACGGACCUAUCCCAGAAGACACUAAGAAUUGCUGAUCUGCAGGGAAAAACCAGUUACCACCUGGUCUUGCGCGCCUACACGGAUGGUGGGAUGGGCCCGGAGAAGAGCAUGUACGUGGUGACCAAGGAGAACUCUGUAGGGCUGAUUAUUGCCAUCCUCAUCCCGGUGGCCGUGGCUGUGGCUGUGGGCGUGGUGACAAGUAUACUUUGCUAUCGGAAGCGAGAAUGGAUUAAAGAAACCUUCUACCCUGAUAUUCCAAAUCCAGAAAAUUGUAAAGCAUUACAGUUUCAAAAGAGUGUCUGUGAGGGAAGCAGUGCUCUAAAAACAUUGGAAAUGAAUCCUUGCACCCCAAAUAAUGUUGAGGUUCUGGAAACUCGCUCAACAAUUCCUAAAAUAGAAGAUACGGAAAUCAUUUCCCCAGUGGCAGAGCGCGCCGCAGAGCGCUCCGACGCAGACCCGGAGAACCACGUGGUGGUGUCCUACUGCCCGCCGAUCAUCGAGGAGGAAAUCCCGAACCCGGCGGCCGAGGAGGCCGGAGGGCCGGCGCAGGUCAUCUACAUCGACGUGCAGUCCAUGUAUCAGCCUCAGGCGAAGCCCGAAGAGGGACCGGACCUGGACCCUGUGCCGGCCGCAGGCUACAAGCCACAGAUGCGCCUCCCUGUUAACUGUGCUGUGAGCGCCACGGCUGUAGAGGACGACCUGGGCAAGACUGCAGGUUACAGACCUCAGGCGGAUGUCAACACCUGGAACCUGGUUUCUCCAGACUCGCCGAGGUCCACAGACAGCACCAGCGAGCUCGAGCCGGAGCCGCUGGUGAUCGAGCCAAAGCAUCCGCCGUGCUCUGCCUUCCAGAAGCGUGCUGCGGCUGACACCGUCCGGCGCAUCCACGCAAGACGAAUCCCACAGCAACUGUUCUCUGUGCCGCUGUGAAUGGUUUUCUCAUCUGUGCGCUCUGUGGCAUUGCCAGUGAAUUUGCAGGCGAGGGAGGAAGCUGUCAGAGUGGCCUGGCCCCUCCAUUCUUGAUGAAAACCAAGCACAGAUUUUCAAACGUGUAAGAUGAUUCUCCUCUAUCGACAGCAUUUACAAAACUUAAUAUAAUUUUUAACAUAGCGAGAGCUCUUUAGCGUUUUGUUUGCGUAUGCUGAUUUCUGUGCCUACUGUAUAAUGGUGAUCAAAUAGUUGUCUCAGGGGUACAAACUCGGAAAACGAGCAUGACACUGACCAGCCCAAAUUGGAAUCCUGUUUUCUUGCCAUGUUAAGCUGUUCCAAACCUUUCUCUCUAGGUUUCCUGCUAGCAUUGGUUAGGGAACUUGAUAGCCCUCACAUCUGAAGUUUAAUUUUCUAGGUUUGCAUCCCCAGGUGUUUUAAAAGCCUGUCGUAUUUUUGUGCGAGUUAUCAGCCGGUGAGACCAGUGAUUCAUGCUGGGAGGUGACUACUAAGCAAUAGACAGCGCCAUCAGUGGCCCGUGUCACCCUUCUGUUCCUCCCUGGGGUGCGGCUUUGCGCCCCCUGAAUGAUUAUUGGUUAAAACCAUCUGAUUCACUCAGAUUUUUAAGUGUGACGUGAGAGAAGGCUUCUUCCAGAAACAAUUACUCAAGGGCUGUUUCCUAUGACAAGUCAUAAAACCCAUUUGAACCAAGGUGCAUGCCCAGGUUAACAGGUGCAGCAGGUGCCUGCUGACCUGGGCUGAGGCCCUUCUGUCCCCUCCCCCUUACCUGGAGUGAAUGUGGUUUGAGAAAAGCAGAAUGAAAAGCUCCCAAGUCUGUCUUGUAUUUUCCCUGGCCUCAGGCUGUCUGCGUGGUUUGUCCUUUGCUAGUUAAGGUGAAAGUACUUGAAAUUUUGAAAUAAUCUGGAUGAAGGUAUACUUUUUAAAAAGUUUUGAGGUUGUGCUGUAUACUUGUAGAAAGUUUUUUUUCUAGUUCAUAUUGUCAUUUCAAAACCAUAUUGUAGAGAAACAUCACAGGGUGACAAGGGAUAAAACUGUUUUUAGGUACUCACUGUAGGAAUCUCAUUUCUCACCGCUAGGAUUCAACUAAAUUUUCCAGCCUCAUGCUACACGGAUAUGUGCAAUGAAAUGGAAUUAAUGCACACAUACAAUCCAUUAAAACUAUAUAAUCACUCACAGAAACUGACACUAAUGAACAACUCACCUAAGCAGAGCUGUCCGUAAAGCGUGAGCGUCCGCCCUGGAGCCUCAGAGCCGCAGCUGCCUGCUCUCCCUGCCCUACACUGCCCUCCCUGAAGCCUUCUUCCCUGCUGGAACUCAGAGGUCACACACAGCCUCGCUGUAGGACAAGGUCAGCUGAUCUGAACGACACACAGGAGGGUCAGGACAGAGUACCAGGUCCCUGUCAUCAGUCCCCGUGCAGUUCACGUGUAACCAUCUGGAGCCAGGACCUGUGUGGGGCUGACAGUUCUUGACUUUACUCUGGGUCUUCAGUUCGUUUCUGUAGACAGCUCAGAGUCCGCUCUCGCUCCCUCCGGAGUUCCCUAACAGGGAUCACUGGGUUCCCGAGCAGCAGAGUAGCACUGUGCAAUCUGGGCAAACUUCUUCGAGCUUGUUUUAUGCUUUGAAGAGUGGGGCUUAGACAUACAGCCCAAACAGAGUUCCUUGUCUUUCCCCUGGGGUGGACAGCAGCCAGCACCCAAGAUUUUACCUCAACCCCACCGGUGGCUGUUGGGGGAGCCUCAGCGUGGAGGUGGGAGGGAAGAUCCUUUGUCACGUAUCUGGUUGUGUGAGAGGCCAUCAAAAUUUUUUAAAAAGAAGUCGUUUCCCUGCAGCCCUUCCUGCCUGGGGAAGCACUAGGGAAAUCCCCCUCUCUACUAAGCCAUUGGUUAGAACAUUCUGAAGUCUGAACCAGAAGCCCAUCCCAUUAGUCUAGAAGUGCAUACAGGACACAGCGUCCCUGCUCUUAGAAACUAUUUCACUCAUAAGCCAGUUCCACACACCAUUCCCCUUUGAAAGAAAAAAUAUUUAACAUCAGAAUAUUCUUGAAGACUUAGCUCUGACGGGAGACCGUGUGAGUUACGUUCUUAGCGAUGAGCGCACAUGCGCAAUGCGAGCCCUCGGUGCGUUGAACCUGCAGGGCCCUGGCAGUGAGUGUGGCCCCAGCCUCUGCACAGUGUGUUUCUGUGCUUGUGGGACAGAGUUGCUUUGUAGCGGCGGCCGGAAACAGAAGCAGCCAUUCACUGGGAGCUGUGAGGGGGAAGCGGCACGUCCUGUCCCACACCAGCAUCGCUCUGACCGCUCAUGGAGCUGAAGAACAUGGAGCAUGUGGAACACCCCGUACUACUGCACACUCAGACACUCUGGGUGGUAAAAAUCAUUCUCAGAACUCCACGCCACUUGCGUUCCUGCUGGGAGUUCAUUCUGCAGCCUCCCGGCUGUCUUCACACUGUACCUAUUUAAAUAACAUCACAGUGCUUGCUGUAUUUGGAUCAUUAACAUGGGCUCAUUAAAUGCAGUUUAGUGAAGGAGCCUAGAGUGUGCGCUCUUGCAGAGGCAAUCUGUAAUCAGUGUUGACGGUGUCCUGAAGUUCAAGGACUCCCUAACGUGUCAGGAUCCAAAAGAUGUCCUGAAGUUUUCUAUUGCUCAGGCACAUAAUCUGAUAAAACUGUUCUGUCGUCGGUUUGCUCUAAGGUAGCAUUUGCUGGUUUUUAAAAUUUGUAUCCCUUUUAUAAGAUGCCUUUUGUCUUAUUUUGAAAGUGUCAAAUUGGCCAUGUCAGGAAAAGAUGAGGUCCGUAGUGCAAGUUGAGUGAAAGUUGAGUGACUUCAUAAGGGCUGAGACCCACCCGGAGCGUGGCAGACUCAACAGAACAUUCCUGAGGGGUGGGUGGGACAUACCGACAUCUGAGCGUGUUGGUUCAAAGAUGGAAAUCGCCUACAGGAAUGGCUCCAUGGUUUGAAAAUUUGGAAAAGACUCUUGUGUACGUAGCACUAGCUGUCUGUCUUCUCUGUGAUUUUAAGUGUUCAUGGUUUAUUUUUAUCUGAUGGGUACACAAUUUGGGACAUGUUUGUCCCAACCAGCGCAUGUUCUGACAAACGUAGGGACCCAUCUCCUUGAUAAAAUACUCCUUCAGAGCCUUUUACAAUGGUAUAUUCUGCAGAAACGAAGUUUCAUGGUGUUAGGCCCAUCUUUUAUAUCCAGAGAAAAUUUUUACAGAAAAUGAUUUGUGGCCACACUUAGAGGACAUUUAUCUUUUAGACAGCCUUAGAGUAUCAUUGGAAAUGACUUGGCUCGCAUUUGGUUUAUUUAUAUCUUCAUGAAUUAUGUGCCAGAGCAAUUAAUAAUACUUACACCUCUCAUAUCACUAGAAGGACUAGCUUUUUAUUUCUUUCAAUGAGUACUUUGGUCUGAAGUAUUACAUGAUGAUCAUAUUCCACCGAUUACAAUACAGCUGAACAAAUUGUAAGGCUGGUUACAGAGAGCUAAGAACAAUAUUCAGUUAAUCGACUGAUAUGUUAGGCUUUAUUGUGUAGAGCAAAAUUUCAGGGAUAUGAUUUAGUCCAGAUCCUUACAGUAUCGCGUUAUGAGAGGGUUCCAUUCUUUUUAACCAUGAAUAGUGCCUGUUUUUCCUCGAUAUUAAGAAUGCUAAUAUUUUGGAUUGAAAGCAUCCAAGUUUUAAGUAGGAUUUUACCUGUGUAAGACAAAUUCUGUGAAGCAGUUUUACAAAAUGAAAAGCGGUGUUUUAAGCCAGAAAUCCUCUGCGUGUUUUUCUGAGUAAGUGCCUAGCUAGAGGACCACAGAAGCAGCAAGUUCACAAAUAUUUACAUCUGUAACCGCUAGCUGAUAGAGCAGCCAGUGAAUAUAGGACUUUCUGGUUGCUAGAACUGAAUCCACUACAGACUAAAAGAUGUGAAUGAGCAAAACAUGAAUUCUAACUGAGCAAAUGGAUCUUUAAUAUAUUUACAUGUGUCUAAGAUUGCCUUUGCAGUAAGCAACCAGAACUUCAAGAACAAACAAAACUCUCACACAGACCUUGGGCUGCAGACGCCAGGCAUACUUGGUACACCUCACUGAAUGGCUCACUCCUGUUUUCAUUAAAUUUCCCUGUGUCUUUCAAAUGUACUUCCCCUUAGAAUUAUUCUAUUUGAGAUGAGUAACUUUCAACUGAUGUGGUAUUUUUCCUAAGCAUUCCAGAGCUGUAUUACAAGAGAUGGGAAGAUUCCUAGGUGGUCAUACAAUUUUCAUUAGAACACGGGCAACUGUUACCAGUACUAUUGUUACAGUUGAUCACAGUAGAUUGAAAAGUGGCCUUCACAAAAAAUUGUUUUCCAGACAUUUCUCCCCCAGUUUGAGUCCAGAUAUUCCCCCAGUUUUUUUAUGUAAUAAGCUAAUGAUUCUUUCCAUUUAAUUUUUUUUCUUCCAACGUGGUAUUUAGGAGGAAUAUUAGUAGAGUUGUGAAUAGUUGACACAAGAAACCUGAGUAGUGAGGGGAGGUAGGUAUUAAGGGGUGCCCCGGGAUUUGUUUCAUCAUAAUAUUUCUCAAAAAGGAAAAUGGCUUUUUCUUAAAUACAUUUCAAUUCAGAAUUACUUGAAAAAUACUGGCCUGGAUAAGAAAGUAGGUAUCCUGAAUUCGACUGAGGAAAUACCACCUUGAAUGUGGUCAACUAAAGAAUGAGCUUCCCAGGACUGAUGUCUUUGCCUUUUCUUCUCUUUCAUUCUCUGGCCCUAAGUCCCUUUAACACUAGGAAAUUACCGUGUUUUACUUUCAGAACUGCAUUAUAGUGAAUUACUGUUUACAAAAUACACAUACUGUGAACAGAUACAAGUUUUUGUCUUUUAUAAGGUUGUUUGUAGAAUGAGUGUUUUGAGAAGAUGUUAUGUUAAUAUUUUCAGUUUUUUUAUAAAUACUAGUAACUGUUUACUAAUUUUUGUUUGGUCAGGUGUGUGUAAAUGUAGCUGAAAGAUGAUAGGGAGAAACUGCCCGUCCAGGACCCUUCCCUUUUCAUUUAUAGAAAUGUUACCACUACAGGCUUUUUUAAAAACAUGAUUGAUCAGUUGUGAUGUGCUGUACCUAAAAUCAAGUCUCAUCAUAUAAAGAAACACUGAAAUAUACAGGAAGUAAAAUAUUGAUCAAAGUGGAUCUGUCAUAUUCACAGAAUUUUCAGUUUAAUACGGGAUAAAACAACUCCACGUACAGAGGUGACAACUGAAGUGUUUCCUGCCUUGUGAAAAUUUUAAAUAUUACGUUGCUUCAGAAUGGGCAAUUCGGACAUUUCAUAUCACCAUCUAAUUUCAGAAUUUAGGUUCUGUAUCUUCAGAAAACAUGAUUAUAGCAAGAACAUAGAAUAUAAGUAACCUAUUACUAAGAUACCAUAAAUAUCAGUCUAGUAUGCUUGACUGUUAACUAAAGAUGUUACUUAUGUCUGUUUUUAAAACGUGCAUGUAUUUAACAAUUUUAUCAUAGUAUUGUCAUGGAAAAAAUAAAUAUAUUUUCUUACAUCUUA